AUGGCUUCACAGAGUCAGUAUCUGUCUGGGAGCCAUUCCUUAGGUACAACUGCAAUGCCAGGUUCCCUCCUGUGCAUCCAGCAGGGAUCCGUGGUCCAAUCGGAGGCAGCUAAGAGUAAACAGAUUCAAACAUCAGAUGUCAUGAGGCCCGGAGGUGGAGCCGCGGCAGCCGCAGCCACAGCGAUGCCCGGCGGGGCCUGGGCGCUGGCGACCGCGCUGAUGCUGCUGGCCCCGGCCGGGGGGCGGCCAGGUAGGUGGCGGCGGACGGGACCAACGUCUCGGAUGCCCGCGGGGCUCCUGGCAUCCUCACCGCUGCACCUGAGCUUGGUCCCCAGCCCUUGGGUCUGUCGGACGCGGUCUCGGGGAGGCGGUCACUUCACAGCCCGGUGCCCCUCGGCUCAGGAGUGCUCUCCUGGUGGCCACCAGUUUCUACGGAGUCCUUAUAGAAGUGUCCAUUUUGACUCAAGGCACCUCCAGCAGUCGGCUGCUCAAGACCUGAUAUGUGACCAUUCCCUGUCCCCUGGAUGGUACCGAUUUGUCAUCUUUGACAGACCUGCUGAGAUGCCAACCCAAUGUGUUGAGAUGAACCACUGUGGAACUCAGGCCCCAGUCUGGCUAUCUCUGAGAGAUUCAGAAACACUGCCUCCUCCUGGAGAGAUGAAGCAACUGACAGCCUGUGUCACAUGGCAGUUUUUGUUUAGCACUAAGAAAGAUUGCUGCCUCUUUCAAAUCCCAGUGGCAGUAAGCAACUGUGGGGAAUUUUUUGUGUACUUACUACAACCCACCCAAGGAUGUAUGGGCUACUGUGCAGAAGCUGUUUCUGAUGCAAAAUUACAACCAUGUGGCCCUGAAGAGACAGAAAUUGGAGGUGUCUGUGUUGGUCAGCUGCUGGCCUUAUUGCCACCUCCACCUCCAGGAAGGCCAGAGGUUGUGGUGGAGUUGAUUGAGUCCAGGAUUUUCUGUAGGUGUGCUUUUGAUGUUUCCCCUACAAACAACUCAGUGGGAUUUCUCAUAGCUUGGUCUAGGCUUUCUUCUCAAGAAAUCAAAGAGGAGCUGAAACAAGAGACCACAGUUCAGGCAUUCUCUCUUUUAGAACUCGAUGGCAUAAAUCUCAGACUUGGAGAUAGGAUAUUCUGCAGUGUUUCCAUCUUCUUCUUGGAGAAACCAGAUGUACAAAGUUUAGCCACUGAAAGCCAAGAAUUUUUUGCAGGCAUUAAGUUGCAGCCUGAAUUGAGCACUAUAUCAGAAGAUGGGAGAGAGUACCAGCUGAGGAUAGUGAGCACAAUACCUAUCGUUUGUUCUGAAUUUAGCAAGCAUGAUCAAGAAUGUAAAAUCUCAUUAAAAUUGACAACUGUUGAUCAAG